AUGUCCAGACUGUUCCACGUUGUUGUCGACGAAUGGGAAGCUGCAGCCCGAUCGAAAUCGGGAAAAAAUGCACAAAUAACGGAAGAACAGAUUGACGACCGGGAAGUCGAGGAUCAAGGAGACGAGGAGGAGGGAAUGGUAGACAAACAGGGAACCAGGGGAGAAAGUCAGCAAGAGGGGGGAGAGGAGAUGGACAAGGAAUUGAAAGAAUAUGGAAAUGGAUCAAGAAUAGGAGAGCGGGCUGAGGAACGGGAAGACGAGGAUCGAGGAGACGAGGAGAAGGGAAUGGGGGACAAACAGGGAACCGGAGGAGAAAAUGAGCAAGAGGGGGGAGAAGAGAUGAGAAAGGAAUUGAUGGGAAACAACGACAAAAACAUCGAGCCAGCAAAGAAGAAGAGGAGGAAGAGAAGGUCUCCUGAAGAAAUAGCGAUGGAGGAGUAUAAAAAAUUUUGUAGCCCACGAUAUAUGAAUGUUGCUUUAAAUAAAUAA